UCUGUCCCUUUCCAUGGAGUGUUCAGGGACCAACCCAUUUUGUUAAGAUAUGCUCCAAGAUAUUUAUAUUUUUGCACCAUCUCAUCACCAACCUCACAUAUGUUGACCAGAAUGUCUGAGCCCAGACACUCGGCGGCGCUCACACUCCCACCUCAGACCCUGACCCGCCUGGUUCGACAGUGGCUGGCAGAGGACACGCCCACCUUCGACCCUGCAGGAGCGUGUGUGGGCUUGAAAACGGUGGAGGCCAGGCUGUUGUGUAAAACGCCCAACAGUGUCCUGGCAGGAAGCCCCUUUUUCACAGCACUGUUCACUGAGGUGGGCUGCACUGUGGAGUGGAUUUACCAGGAGGGAGCUGACAUAGGUCCAGAUGCUGUAACGCUGACGGCUGUGGUGCGAGGCCCGGCGCGCUGCCUCCUCCUGGGUGAAAGGCCGGCUCUGAACUGCCUGGCCCGGGCCUCGGGCAUCGCCACACGAUGUUCGCAGCUCCAGCAAAUAGUAACAGCAGAAGGCUGGCACGGAGAGGUGGCCGGUACGCGCAAGACCACCCCAGGGUUCCGUCUGGUGGAGAAGUACGCCAUGCUGGUGGGGGGCGUGUCCAUGCACAGACAGGACCUGAGUGGAAUGGUGAUGCUGAAGGACAACCAUGUGUGGGCUUCUGGAAGUAUCACACAGGCGGUAAAGGCAACCAGGUCGGUGUGUGGUUUCAGCAGCAAGAUUGAGGUGGAGUGUUGCUCUGCAGAGGAGGGCAGAGAGGCAGCCUCAGCUGGAGCUGACAUUGUCAUGCUAGACAACUUUAAACCUCAGGAGCUCCACGCUGCUGCUCAGUCCCUUAAAGAUGACUUCCCAGCUGUACUCAUAGAAGCCAGUGGAGGAGUGACUCCAGAGAACUUAGCCCAGUUCUGCUCUCCACAUGUAGACAUCAUUUCUCUGGGCUGCAUAACCCAGGGCUGCCCAGUUGUGGACUUCUCCCUUAAAGUUAUUCACUGAAUCUUUCAAGAAUGAUGAUUAUCACUUAACCCUCAAAGACUCAAACAGCCUGUGGCUACCUAAAUGUACAGUGUUUAAUAAACGUGGACCACGA